UUUGUAAAGUCCUAACACCCAGCAUCUCUGACUUGACCAGUGGGCAGGGAUGGGGACAAUGAGAGGCCUUAAGCCAAACGGCAAUCAGGCUGUUCAGCGCAGAUGCGUCCUCAGAGGAAAAGCAGGGCUGAGGGGAAGUGAGGGUGGAGAGCCAGCCCCGAAUCGAGGCACACGCUCACAGAAAGGAAUUGGGGCACACUGUCAUGACUCCCGGUUUCCCCUUACCAGCACUUCUUGUCACCAUUUUCCUGUGGCUCUUUUUUAAUGUCAUGAUGAGCUCUAAUUUGAGCCGCUUUUAUUGUCCCCCGGAGACUUUUGAGUUGCUCUGUGGGUAUCACAAAACCUGAAACCCAAUCCAUAUAUCCUGGGCUUUGGGGAAGUGGGACCAUGGGUGCACGGGUCAUUUUUAGCAGUCGUUGGAGUAGAGCCAAAGCUCCCAGAGAUACGGCAAGUAUUUGAGAAUCGCCCGAUCGGCUGUUGGAAUUAGCCGUUAAGCAAAACAGUAACUGAACACUGGGGACCUUCUUGAACUCCAUUUGGGUGGGAGGCCUUCCAGUGUGCGUGUCAGCCCCGAACUAGGACAGAAAGGUAGAGAGUUGAAACACAGCAGGCCAGGGACAAAGCAGCUGAUAGAGGCACUCUCCUCUCCGCCCUUUGUCUGGGAGUUUCGCCUUGUCUCAGACUCACUUCCUUUCUUUGUCGCUGCACUCUAGUCCAGAGCUGUGCUGCCCGGUCGGAUUUACUAACUAGCGGAAGAGAAACCCCAAGGGAGGCCCCGGGCUUGCGUUCCGUAAUGAAUCUGAUCCAGGUCGUGGACGGGCAGAGCUCCUCUGCAUGAGUCCCUCGGCCGGCUUCCCCUGGCCUGCAGCCCUGGCCAGAAUCUGCGCCGCGCUGCGGGGCCUCCGGCCUCGGGACAAGCAGGCGCUGCUCGCCCCAGCGGCGGCGGUCUCUGCGGUCCAGGCGGCCGGCAGGAAGGACCGCCCCGCUCUGCCUCCCCUGGAUGAGAUGGAUCUUGAAGAGCAGUUUGUGAAAGGGCACGGCCCCGGGGGCCAGGCCACCAACAAAACCAGCAACUGUGUGGUGCUGAAGCACGUCCCCUCGGGCAUCGUCGUCAAGUGCCAUCAGACAAGAUCGGUUGAUCAGAACAGAAAGCUCGCUCGGAAAAUCCUACAAGAGAAAGUGGAUAUUUUCUACAAUGGUGAAAACAGUCUUGUUUACAAAGAAAAACAGGAGGCAGAGAGGAAAAAGCAAGAGAGGAAAAAAAGAGCAAAGGAAACCCUAGAAAAAAAGAAGCUCCUGAAAGAACUCUGGGAAUCCAGUAAAAACGUCCACUGAGAAAGAA